AUGGGUGGAUUAAUUUGUGAGAAUUGUGGCAAAACUCCAGUGCCAUACCCGUUAAGCACGGGGCCAAAUUGUGGCGAUCAAUCGUACAAAGUCCGGUGCAGUGGAGGGACACUAUGGUUCGAUUCGAUGACAAAUGUAUCGUACGUUAUUACAUCCAUUAGCCCACAAAUCCAGAGAAUGGUUGUUAAAACACCAACGCUAUACCCCGAUACAUGUGUAUUGUCCAAUUUUUAUUCUGAUGGCCUCCAACUUGAUCCAAAUCUUCCUUUUAACAUAACGGGAAGUAACACAAUCUUGUUAUUUAAUUGCACGGACAACAUGUUGCACUUGCAAGCACCGAUAAAUUGUUCUUCUACGUGUGUUUGUCACCCUUAUGUGAAUAAAUUUCAAGAGUGGGCUGCUUGUAGGCGUCAAAAUUUGUGUUGUAUGUUUAGGACAGGAGGGUCACAAACUGAGUUUAUGAUUAGGUUGAAUCCCAAUGGGUGCAUGGCUUACCAAAGUUUUGUAAAUUUGGACAUUUCUUUGCCAAUUGAAAAAUGGCCACAACCUGGACUGGAAUUGAUGUGGGAGAUUCCAGAUCCACCUGCUUGUAAGAAGGAAGUGGAUUGUGAUGUGUUGCAAUUUUCAACAUGUUUGGCUGAUCCUAAAAAUCCUGGAAAGAAGAGGUGUGCUUGCAAGUCUGGCCGAUAUUGGGAUGCACAGGGAUAUUGUCAAAAGUGUCGACAUGGCACAGCUUGCAAAAUUCGAAGGAACAAAGCGACUCUUAUUUCAGGUCUUUCUUUUGCUGUAAUCUCAGUGCUUCUCAUGCUCUUAGGUGGAUUCCUAGUCCACAGGCGUUACCUCAUAAAAAGAAGAACUAUAAGGUUACUAAUCAAAGAAAGAGAGGACAUAUUAAGUGCCAAUACAAGUGGAAAAUCAGCUAAAGUUUUCUCAGGAAAAGAAAUUAAAAAAUCAACCAACAAUUUUGCCAAAGAAAACCUUUUAGGCUCUGGUGGAUUCGGCGAAGUCUUCAAAGGCACUUUAGAUGAUGGAACUAUAGUUGCAGUCAAACGUGCAAAACCCGGAAAUGCUAAAGGCACGUUACAAGUCCUUAACGAAGUUCGAAUCCUGUGCCAAGUGAACCAUCGUGGCCUAGUUAGAUUACUAGGUUGUUGUGUUGAGCUCGAGUUGCCUCUUUUAAUUUACGAGUAUGUUCCCAAUGGGACGCUUUUCGAGCACCUCCACGGGUUUCGACUCCGCGAGUGGGCCCCGCUUAGUUGGUUAAGGCGUCUCAUAAUCGCUCAACAAACCUCCGAAGGACUCGCGUACCUCCAUUCGUCGGCCGUUCCACCGAUUUACCAUCGUGAUGUCAAGUCGAGCAAUAUUUUAUUGGACAAUAAGCUCGACGCUAAGGUUGCUGACUUUGGACUUUCUAGAUUAAUAGAGCUGAGCGAAAGUGAGAACACUCAUAUUAACACGUCCGCUCAGGGCACGUUGGGGUAUCUCGAUCCGGAAUACUAUUUGAACCUUCAAUUGACGGAUAGGAGUGACGUUUAUAGCUUUGGAGUCGUGUUGCUUGAACUUUUGACGUCUAAAAAGGCGAUUGAUUUUAAUCGGGACGAGGAAAAUGUGAAUUUGGUUGUGUACAUGAAAAGGAUCAUGGAUGGAGAGAAAUUGAUGGAUGUGAUUGACCCUUUUAUCAAAGGAGGAGCAAGUAAAGUUGAAAUGGAGACAAUUAAGGCUGUAGGGAACUUAUCAGCAGCUUGUUUAGAUGAAAGGAGGCAAAACAGGCCAUCAAUGAAAGAAGUAGCUGAUGAACUUGAGUAUGUUAUUGGUAUUGUUACUGGUCAGGCUUCAAAAAGUUAG